UUGGUUGGUGGCGUUGAAAGCCAGAGUAAUCAGGUGUAGAAGAAUGCAUCGGGACGACGGGGGAAGGCUGGCGUGUUUUGCCCUUGAAGGGAUUUCUAUACAGUUGAACUGAUCGCAAACUUAGGGCUUUUCCCGCGCAAAUGGAAACCGAAGCGCAAAAAGGAACUGCAAACCCUUCGGCAAUGUUGGCUUCUCUUCUCAGUAGGAGAGCUAAGCUUCACGAGGAGCUUCGUAACAUAGAAAAGCAGGUUUAUGACAUGGAGACAAGUUAUUUACAGGAUCCGGGACAGUGUGGCAAUGUAUUAAAAGGAUUUGAAGGGUUCCUAUCCUCGUCAAAGAACACUGCACUCUUGAAGCGGUCUAGAAAGUUUCAGCCUGAGGAUAGGCUCUUUUCAUUAUCUUCGGUGACCUCGCCAGCGGCAGAAGAGAUUGCAGCUGCUAGAGAUGAUGGAAGGUCAGAUUUUGGCCCCGGACGUUCAAAAGGUGGAAUUUAUGCCAAUGGGCAGGGCAAACCGAAGAAGGGAAGAGGUGGGCCUAGAGAUGCAAAGAGAAUCAGGGCUUCUAGUGAACAAGAUUUUGAUUAUGAGGAUGAUCCUGACUUGACGUUAUGAGUAUUAGAAUUUUGAAGUGCUGACACGCCUUUCACUUAAAGUUCAUGGGCGUUCGAAAAAACUGCAUGUAAACUGAAUGAAUGCCCAUUUUUGGUGCUCUACGGUUGUCUGCAUUGCAUUCAAGUAGGUGUUCAAGUCUAGAUGGUUAUGGACGUGAUUCUGCGCAGGCGAGGAAAGCCAUUAUGCUGUAUCUUGUACCAAAGGGCCUACUACAUUCUAGUAAAAUAGGGGGCUGGCAUACAGUUAAUGCUUCUCCUGCCCAUUUUCCUUUUGGUUGGCAAGUUGAUGGGAGUUCAUGAAACAUGUACAAUACAUGUGAAUGUAUUUUGUUCAGGUGUUUUUUUUUUUUUCCUUUUCCGUAAUCCUGUAUGAAAAGAGAGAGGAGAAAAUUAUUUGUCAUUUCGGUAAAAAUUUCUCUCCCACUUUAAUUGUUGUUUUAUUGUAACAAUGGAUAAUUAGUGGAUAUUCUUUUAA